UUCUCUGUCUAGAUCUAUCUCUGUGAAACCAUGGAAGGAGUGUCUUCAGCCGCCAUUGAAGUUCUUGUUCAAAACAUGAUCAACCUUUUUAGUGAAGAGUACUCUUUACUUCGAGGUCUCGAUGAAGAUGCUCAACAGCUGCAUAGGACUUUGGGGACGAUUCAAGCCUACUUGAAUGACGCUGAGAAGAAAUCCAUCACCCAAGAUUCUGCCAAGAUCUGGUUGAGGGAGCUUGAAGCCGUGGCUUUCGAUGCUGACAAUGUCUUGGAUGAACUCAGCUAUCAUCUUCUCCACAAAAAAGUGAAGAAAAUGAAGACUCCCAAAGCCAAGGAUAAGGUACUAUCAUGCUUCUCAUCCUUUAAUGGUAUUUUGCGUCGGCAUGACAUGGCUCACACAAUCAAACAAAUCAAUGCUACUUUUGAGUGUAUGAACAAAAGGGCAACAGAUCUUGGCAUUCAAAGCUUGGUUGUGAAUGCACCUGCUAUUAGUCAUAUUUCGAUUGAGACAGAUUCCGUCAGUCUUGAUCCAAUCUUUGUUGGAAGAGAUGACGAACUGCCUAAACUAGUUGACAUGUUCACCCAGAUCCAAGAUGAUCGGAUGUUUUCCAUGGUUGCUCUUGUCGGAAUGGGGGGUAUGGGGAAGACUACAUUGACUAGGAAAGUCUUUAAUCAUGAAAGCUUAAAGGCUCGAUUCGGAUCACUUAUUUGGGUUCAUGUUUCUCAAACUUUUGAUCCCAUUAUUCUUUUCAAAAAAAUCCUUUCACCAUUAACUUCAAAUAUUGGUGAUGGAGUUGAAUCCAGGGAACUUAUCCUGAAAAGGCUUCGAGAAGUUCUCAAGGAUAAAACUUAUCUCCUUGUUCUUGAUGAUGUAUGGAAUAAUGAUGUUUCGAAAUGGGAAGACUUCAUAAACUCCAUAAUGGGAGUUACUUCUACAAAGGGUAAUGGCAUUAUCAUCACCACUCGGAGUGAAAAAAUUGCUUGUGUAGUUAACCCAUUUCAUAUUCAUAAUUUGAAAGGCUUAUCAAAUGAAGAUUGUUGGUCCAUAAUCAAAACCAAAACUUUUGAUGAAAAUGGAGAAGUUCCAUCAGGAUUUGAAAUGAUUGGGAGAAAGAUUGCUAAAAGAUGUCAAGGUUUGCCCUUAGCUGCCAAUGUAGUUGGGGGAGUGCUUCGCGGUAAGUCGGAAGAAGAGUGGCGCUUCAUCAAUGAAAAUUGGCUUUCAGAUGGUGAAGGAGGUGAUCAUAUCUCAAAAAUAUUGAAAUUGAGCUAUGAUCACCUAUCCUCACCGUCGCUCAAGAAUUGCUUUGCAUUUUGUUCGAUUUUCCCCAAAGGUCAGAGAAUCGAGAAGCAAGACUUGAUUGAACUAUGGAUGGCUGAAGGCUUUCUUCAACCAAGCCGAAGAGAUGACAUGGAGUGUGUGGGAAACAUGUUUUUUAAUGUGCUUCUACAAAACUCUUUGUUGCAAGUUGCAUAUAAAGAUGUUUAUGGAAAUGUUUCAGAGUGUGUGAUGCAUGAUCUUGUGCAUGAUCUUGCAUCUUCUACCUUAUCCAAUAAUGAAGAUGGCACUCCAUUGCGAUAUAUGUUUCUCAAUGAAGAAUCAAGUCCUAUUCCGAAAAAAGUGGCUAAACAUUUGCGUACAUUAUUCUUGCAUGGUGAAACUUCCGGUAUGAAUUUCUCAGACUUUGAAUGUUUGCAUAAUCUUACUCUUUCUGGUUAUAGUUACCGUGAGUUGCCGAAUUCAGUUAGGAAGAUGAUACAUUUGAGAAAUCUGAAUAUUUUAAAUACAAGUAUUGAAAAGUUGCCCAAGUGGAUUGCUGAACUCCAUCACUUGCAAACAUUAAGAUCAAGCUGGACCAUAGAUGAACUGCCAAAUACGUUAAAGUACGUGUUUAACUUAAGGCAUCUUCAUUUCCAGUAUAAUAAAAAGUUGCCGGCGGAGAUUGGGAGAUUGAAAAAUCUCCAAACACUACCUCACUUCACAGUGGGCAAAGAGAAGGGCUACCGAAUUGAAGAGCUUGGAAGUUUAAAGAAUCUCAAGGGAUCACUAGUUAUCUAUAAUCUGGAGAUGGUGCGUAAUAAGGAAGAGGCUAUGAAAGCAAAUAUGUUUCAAAGGCCAAACGUAUUUGAUUUGGUGUUUGAAUGGAGUGAUAAUAGAGAAGAUGAAAGAAACGAUGAGAGUGUGUUGGAAGGCCUGCAACCUCAUGCUAAUCUGAAAAAGUUGAAUAUUUCGGGAUUCAAAGGAGAAAGAUUUCCAACAUGGGUUGAGAAGAUGGCAGUACGUGAUGGGCCUCAAGGCUCUUGGGUACCGCUUGCCCACUUAACUGAAAUAACACUCUCCAAUUGCUCAGAAAUUGAUGAAAUCCCAAUGCUGGAGCACUUGCCUAAUCUCAAGUCUCUUUCUUUGUGUGGAUUGAAGAAGGUGAGGUUUAUAAAUACUUCAUUUAAUCAUUUAACGUCACUCGAUAUAAGCGAAUUAGAUAAAUUGGAAUAUCUACCAGAAUUGUUAUUCCUUAACAAUCAUAAUCUCUCAUAUGUGAGUAUAUCAAGUUGUCCUGUGUUGAGUGAAUUACCAGAUGGCGUUGACACUCUCAAUUCUUUGGAGUAUUUGUUUAUUUCGAUUUGUGAAAAUCUGAAGUCGAUUGGGAAUCCAAGUUGUGGAGCACGACAAUCACAACAGAUCCUCCGUCGGCUGAUGAUUGUUUGGUGUGGUGAGCUGAUGGAAUUGCCGUGUCAAAUGCUAGAGUCGUGGGCCCCUACAAUUGAGGAUCUUUACUUGGAAGGAUUAGGGAGGCUAAAGAAUCUACCCAUGCUAGUUGACUGCCUCGCCAAAUCAUCUACUCGACUAACAGAAUUGGAAAUUGAAGGUGUUCCUAAAUUGAUGGCUGCUACUAAUGGUAGUGUUGAGAGUUGGGAUCUUAGCAGAUUGAAAAGAUUAAAGAUAGAUGUGAGUGUGGAAUGGUCAAGAGAGGAUAGUGUUGGCAUUGCACAGACUGUAGAAGGGAUGCUGCAAAGAUGUGGCAACUCACUUCGUUACUUAAAUUUGAAGGGGGUGGAAAAUUGGGAGUGGCUGCCCCAAUCAAUUCAAUAUCUCACUGGUCUUUAUGAGUUAAUGUUGAAGAAUAUAGGAGUAGAAGAAUUGCCCCAAUGGUUGGGGAAUCUCUCAUCUCUAACAGAGUUAUAUCUAUGGAAUUGCAACAAGUUGAAGCUUCUGCCCUCUGUGGGUGCAUUGAAGCUUUUAGAAAUUAGAGAUUGCCCGGAACUACGUAUUGAUUUGGAGUGGCGCAACCACUAUCGCCAUCUCAAAAUCUACGUCGAUGGCCAACCCGUUUGAAUGUUGUAGCAAGUCGCAGAUUGAGGUGGAAACAGAGCGCGGACGAAGUUAGAGACAAGAAUGGAGUUAAAAAAAAGAGACAAUAAGGCUCACGUGGCUUGUGUAUUUUGUGAGAAGUAAAUGUGGUCCGUGAUGUGGUGCGAAUUGGAGUCUAAACACCCCAUUUGGUUAAUUGGGAUGUCACAAUGUUCCACUUCCACAUGGUCUAGUCAAUCGUAAUCCAGAGGAGUCAGAACAUUACAAUUGACCGCGUGAAUUGUCGUUACAAGUCACACCCCAUUGAUUCGGAGUGGCGCAACAACCAUCACCAUCUGGAAAUCGAGAUCGAUGACGAAUCCGUUUCAAUGCUGUAGCAAGCAAAGUGUGGGCGUACUCGGAACUUCAAUAAGGCAGAUACGGUCGGCAUCAUCAUCAUUGUCGUCGUCGUCGUCCUAGUUUCCAACAUGAUAAUAAGUUGAGUUUGUAUGAAACAUAGAGCUUCAACAGACUGACGUUGUCGUCGUUCAAGUUACCAACGUGCUAAUGAUUUGUAGUUUGUUAUCUUCUAAAGCUAAAUGUCUCCUAACUCUGCUGGCUGUAAAUUUUUUAGUUUGUGCUGAGCACUUUUUCUUCAUUGUUUUCAUUCAUGAAACUUUGCUACUAUAGAGAAUCAUAAAUGAGACAGCUAUGUAUAUUUGUAGGGCACUUUAUGUCAAAUGAAUCUUUUUCUCCU